AUGGCAAGAAAACUCUUACCUCUCGGAGUACGACAACGGUGUCUGCUUCAGAUGCCGGAAAAAUGCAAGUUUGGAAGACAAAGGUUCUUAGCCUGCGAAAGUCUUUUGUUCUCUGUGAAAAAGGCUUUGGAAUGUGAAGCGGAAGAGGAAUUGAGAGAAGCCUUCAAAGUAUUUGACAAGGAUCAAGAUGGUUACAUAUGUCCUAAUGAGUUGAGGCAUGGAAUGUUGAACCUGGGAGAGAAACUGACAGAUGAAGAGGUAGAGCAAAUGGUUAGGGAGGCUGAUCUUGAUGGUGAUGGUCAAGUUAACUACGAGGAAUUCGUCAGAAUGAUGAUGUUGGGUUUUUAA